AUGGCGCCGAAAAAGGUGCCCGUUGAGGAACCUGUGGAGCCUGAAGAACCAGAGCUUGUCGAGGGUGAUGAGACUGAGCUUGAAACCGGCCUGAAACUGCCUUUAACCCCCAAUGAUGUGGGUCGUGUAUGGUCUUUGGAUUGUGCUGCUCAGUCAAAGCUGCUGACGGAGCUACUAGGCUUAGAAGCGGCCCAUCCUCCAGUUGCUCGAAGGGAGAUCAUUUGCGACUUUCACCUGUUCAACCUCAGCCAUUCCAAAAUGCAGUGCUUAACACAGAGGCAAGGGGCAGUAUUCCAUGCAAUCAUGGCAGCCAUCCUCGAUAAAAUGGCAGGGUGGGCAGAUGGAGCUUCACAGGCUCACGACUCUUGA